AAAUUAGCUUCUGCACCGUUGCACUCUGUCUCCCACCAUGAUUGAGGACCUGCAUUCUGCCAUUGUUCGCGUGCGAAUUGCUUCACUUCAGUCAGAAGUCCUAAGCAAAACCUCCAGCCGAGAAGUUGUUCGCCGCCGAAGCAGCAGCAAAGUCAAGUCGAUUCACGUUGCCAAGGGUCGAUUGCCACUGUUCACGAAGCAAAGAACCGUUCGGGUUGUUUCUUAGAAAAAUAAAAUCAUGUCGCCGCAUAAGCUUCCGGAGCAGGAUGGCAAGCGGCAGUGGGCGAUGGGCACUGAGGCCUUUGAGAGGACCAUGCCUCAUCACCAGGGUAUCAAGGCUCUCUGGGAGACCAAGUGGAAGUUUCCGUGCACCAAGAGCGUUUAUCCUUUCCACGAUGGGCAGUAUGAGGACUUUGAGCCCAUUUUCGAACACUUGAUCAAGAACAACAUCAAUGAUGGAAACUCCACCGCUUACACGGAAGCCUUCUUCCCCAUCGCCGAGUCUUUGACCUUCAGGGGUGACGAGGCCAUCAUGGCCGGCAACAAGAAGGAAGCAAGCGACUUAUACCUCAGAGCCUGCACGGUCUACCGCAUCGCGCGGUUCCCUUACAUUACGGCAUACCCGGAAAUCAGCUGUCAGGUCAAGUGGAAGGCGUGGGAGGCCCAGAAGCGCGCGUACAUGAAGGCGGCGCAGUCGUGGGAUUGUCCCAUUGACGAGAUUGAUAUCCCACACGCCCACGCCAAGGGUGGAGACUGGAAAUCCAUCCCGGCGUACGUGAGAGUGCCUCAGGGCGCAUCCGAGAGCAAACCCAGCCCCGUGGUAAUCCUCAUGACGGGUCUCGAUGGGUACCGUCCUGACAACACUGUCCGCUCCGACGAGUUCCUUGCCCGCGGAUGGGGUAGUGUCAUUGUCGAGAUCCCCGGCACGGCCGACUGCCCCGCCGAUUCGGCCGACCCCGAGAGCCCCGACCGUCUGUGGAGCAGCGUGCUUGACUGGAUUGCCGCGGAUGGCCGGUUCGACACCAGCCGGGUUAUGGUCUGGGGUCUCAGUUCGGGAGGAUACUAUGCCAUUCGUAUUGCGCAUACGCACCGCGACCGUCUGAUCGGGUCGAUUGCGCAGGGUGCUGGGUGUCAUUAUUUCUUUGACCCCGAGUGGCUGGAGAAGGCUGACGGCCACGAAUAUCCGUUCCAGUUGACGCCCGCCAUGGCCAUGAAGCAUGGUUACAAGUCCGUGGAGGAAUACAAGUCGGGUGUGCAGAAGAAGUUUUCACUGCUGGAGACUGGUAUCAUUGAGCAGCCCUCGACGCGUCUGCUGCUCAUCAACGGUACUUUGGACGGACUGAUGCCCAUAGAGGACUCCAUGAUGCUGUUCGAGUACGGCACGCCCAAGGAGGCCAGGUUCUUCUCCGGGGCGCUGCACAUGGGAUAUCCCAUGGCCAACGGGUCGGUGUAUCCUUGGAUGGAGAGCGUCAUGUCUAGCAAGAUCUAGGCCUAGUGGAUGUAAUUAGAACCGUCGUGUAAGCUGUAGUAAUGUUGCAUGGUUCACGACACUUGGACUAUUCGUUUCGCGGCAAUGGGCUUUCAACCCAUCCUUGAAUGGUCAUUUGUUCUUCAUUAUUCUCAUCUAGACAGUUGACAGCCCUCACCAUACCUAGGUAUCUUCCGUCUCCCAGAACCU